ACUGCAGAGGAACCAUGUUGUCCUGUCACGGCCCAGCGGAGCCCGGGAAGAGCCAGCCAGGAUGCGGGUGGAGACCUUAAGCACCGCCAACGCUUCUACCCGCAGCGAGUACCAGUUGGACGGGAACCGACGGGAGCGGCGUGCCGAGGAAGGUCAGGGGGAUGGGAGCGACCCUCCAGCAGAGUCGGAUUCCGACAACCAGGCGCAGGAAGUGCAGAGAACUGCCAAAACAAAAGGCACACCCGGUGAACUGGACUCUUCUCCGCCGGAACCUCCAAAAGGCGACAGCAGCAGGAAGAGAGUUUCACCUGCGCACAAACGCUCACUGGAUAAAGACGGUGUGGAGCUCCACCGCAACGCUUGACUUCAUCAAGGAGGAGAAGCUGCGAGACGACCUGAAGUACUACUUCAUGAGUCCAUGUGAGAAGUACCGGGCCAGAAGGCACAUCCCCUGGAAACUGGGGGUGCAGAUCCUCAAGAUAGUCAUGAUCACCACCCAACUGGUCCUCUUUGGCCUCAACAACCAACUGGUGGUGUCCUACAAGGAGGAGAACGCCAUGGCCCUGAAGAACUUGUUCCUGAAGGACUACAGCGGCGUGGACGAGGACGACUACAGCGUCGCCGUGUACACACAGCCAGGCGUGUACGACAGCCUCUUUCACGUGCUGGAUCAGUACGGCCGGCUGGGGCGGCUCGCCGUGGGUCCCAUCAGUUACGCCGAGGAUGAAGACGGCGGCCCGCUGCCUCUGGUGGUCUGCAAAAACCUCUACAGGAGAGGCAGCGUCCAGCCUUCGGACGAGGCCUACGACAUCGACGCCCAGCUGGAGACGAUUUGUUUACCACUCCUUCCAAAGACGGCGCUUCAGUGGAGGACCCACAACGCGUCCUUCUUUGACCUUGACUUUUACAGGUUGGUGGACGUCAAAAUAACCUUCAAGUUAAAAGGGAUCAACCUGCAGACGGUGCGCUCGCGAGAGCUCCCGGACUGUUACUCUUUCUCCGUUACGAUAACCUUUGACAACCAGUGUCACAGUGGGAAGGUCAAACUCUUUCUGGACAUGGACGCACAGAGCAGCGCCUGCAGGGACUGGAAGAUAUCCGGAACGGCUGAGAAGAACACGCACUACCUCCUGGUGUUCGACGGCUUUGUCAUACUGGUCUGCCUCACCUCCGCCGUGCUGUGCACGCGCUCCAUCGUGCUCGCCGUCAGGCUGCUGCAGAGAUUCUCCAGGUUCCUCCAUGAAAACCACAACAGAAAAGUGUGUGAGGACGACCAGGGAGAGUUCCUCAACGGCUGGUACGCGCUGGUCAUCGUCAGCGACCUCCUGACCAUAAUUGGAUCCAUACUGAAGAUGGAAAUACAAGCAAAGAGUCUGACCAGCUAUGACGUGUGCAGUAUAUUUCUGGGAACGUCGACAUUGUUGGUGUGGGUCGGCGUGAUCAGGUACCUGGGCUACUUCCAGAAAUAUAACGUGCUGAUUCUCACCAUGAAGGCAGCCUUUCCAAAGGUGCUGCGUUUCUGCUGCUGCGCUGGCAUGAUCUACCUGGGCUACACCUUCUGCGGGUGGAUCGUGCUGGGGCCGUACCAUGAGAAGUUUGAGGGCCUGAGCCUCGUGGCCGAGUGUCUGUUCUCCUUGUUGAACGGCGACGACAUGUUCACCACCUUCGCCCAGCUGAAGGACAAGAACACGCUGGUUUGGCUCUUCAGUCGGGCCUACCUCUACUCCUUCAUCUCGCUCUUCAUCUACAUGGUGCUGUCGCUCUUCAUCGCCCUCAUCACCGACGCCUACGAGACCAUCAAGAAUUACCAGAGGGACGGAUUCCCGCUGACAGACCUGCACAAGUUCCUCCACGAUCAGAAAGAUACGCUAGCUCCAGAGGACGGCAGACAAACGGACGUCCACAUCCGAUACCCCGUCUUCUGCUGCUGUGAAAGAGUCCAUGAAAACGAUGAAGCCACACUCAUCAGCUGACAAAUGUGGUACAUCCCCGUGAAGGCGGCCGGGGAGGAGGGUGACGGGAGCAGGACUUCACGCGUGUGACAGCCCGCUCAUGCCCGCAGGUACAGAAUGAUUUAGUGCAAAGCAACACGAGGAGGAGCGUGCGUGUCUUCAAGCCAAGAUGGAAAGGUUUUACUGCGUUUGUGGGACGUGGUGGUCAAAGGGUUGCACGUUUGCAUAAAAUAAUCUUGUCAAAGUAUGGAAAUAAAAUUGUGCAUUUUUCAGAAAAAAA